AUGGAAUCAGAAAACCAAACAAACAUUUCAGAAUUCCUCCUGCUGGGCCUCUCAGAGGAUCCUGAAUUUCAACCCCUCUUCUUUGGACUCUUCCUGUCCAUGUACUUGACUGCUGUGCUCGGGAACCUGCUCAUCAUCCUGGCCAUUAUCUUUGACUCUCACCUCCACACUCCCAUGUACUUCUUCCUCUCUAACCUGUCCUUUGUUGACAUCUGUUUUAUUAUGACCACAGUCCCAAAGAUCCUGGUGAAUAUUCAGACGCAGAGCAAAGACAUUUCGUAUAUAGGAUGUCUUACGCAGAUGUAUUUCUUGAUGACUUUUUCUGGAAUGGAUAAUUUUCUGCUGGCUGUGAUGGCCUAUGACCGGUUUGUGGCCAUUUGCCACCCUCUGCACUACACAAUCAUCAUGAACCCUAGACUCUGUGGCUUGCUGGUUCUGAUGUCUUGGGUCAUCAUGUUCUUGGCACCCUUGCUUCACACUCUACUGAUGAUGCGGCUUACUUUUUGCAUAGGCACAGAAAUUCCACAUUUCUUCUGUGAAUUGGUUUUGAUUAUCAAAAUAGCCUGCUCUGACAUCCUCAUCAAUAGCAUCGUCUUAUAUGUGGCGGCUACCCUGCUGGCUGCGUUGCCCCUCAGUGGAAUCCUCUUUUCUUACUCUCAGAUUAUCUCUUCCUUAAUGAGAAUAUCCUCUGCUGGGGGCAAGUAUAAGGCAUUUUCCACCUGUGUGUCUCACCUGUCUGUGGUCUUCUUGUUUUAUGGGACAGGCUUUGGGGUCUACCUCAGUUCUGCUUUGACCCAUUCUUCUCAGAGAAUCUCUAUUGCCUCAGUGCUGUACACUGUGGUCACACCCAUGCUGAACCCUUUCAUUUACACCCUAAGGAACAAGGAUGUGAUGCAAGCCCUGGGAAGACUCCUCAGUAGAGCAACCUCUUGUCCAUAA